UUUUUUUUUUUCAUUGUUUUCUGUCCAAGUUGUAUAUACAUUAAGGCAUUUAUAAAGUUAAAUGGCUCAAUAUACAUACGACGAACAGGGAUUUAAUUUUUAUUAUUUCCUCAUUUCAGUUUUAUCACUGGUCCUAGUGCCAGUAACAAUUCAAUCUGUUCACUCCUUAUUCAAAUCAAAAAAUAAAAAGAAUAAAAAUAUUUGUCAAUGUCGCACUUGUCAAAAAGAAAGAAAGAAUGCGAAAAAGGCUAAGCCCAGUGUCAUCAAGAAGCUCAUGACAAGUCCCAAAUUUAUCUUCUUACUUAUUGGUUGGAUUGGUGUUGUUCUUUUAACUUUACAAGUUGCUAAUGCUGAAGUAAAAAAUGUUACUUGGGACCCUUAUGAAAUUCUGGGUCUUUCGGAGGGUGCUACGGUUGCUGAAAUUAAGAAAACCUAUAAAAAACUAUCGCUUGUUUAUCAUCCUGAUAAAGCAAAACCUGGAGAAGAAGAAAAGAAUGAAGAACGUUUUAUUGAUAUUACCAAAGCUUAUAAAGUAUUAACUGAUGAAGAUACUCGUAAAAAUUAUGAAGAAUUUGGUCAUCCUGAUGGUAAGCAAUCCUUUACCAUGGGCGUCGCUCUUCCAAAGGGCCUCGUUGAAGGUAAUGGCAUGCUUGUCUUGGGAUUCUAUGCUCUCGCUUUUGGUUUAGGUUUACCUUAUUUUAUUGCUCGAUGGUGGUAUAGAUCGCGUCGUCUUACUAAAGACAAGAUUUUGAGUAAAACAAUGGGCAUUUUUGUUAAGGGCUUGAAGGAAAAUGAUAGCUUUAAAGAAAUCAUCAAUGUAUUAUCUGGUGCUUUUGAAUUCAAGGAAGGUGCUGAUAUGCGUCAAGGGGAAGAAAAAACAUUGGAUAAAAUAAAUGGUGCUAUUGCCGAGGAAUUGAUAAACAGAUUUGGAGAAAAGUUUAAUCGUCAAAAUGAUGAAAAUAUCCCUGCUUAUCGUCGUAAAGCACGCACUCUUCUUUAUGCUUAUCUUCUUCGUAUCAAUAUUGUAUCAAAAGCAGAAGCUAGUAAGCAGCUCAUAAAAGAUCAACAGUUCAUUGUAGAAAAGUCACUUCAUCUUCUUCAAGGCCUUUUACAAAUUUCUACUGUCAAACAAUGGUUAAGCGUUACUUGUCUUAUUAUGGAAUUACAACAACAUAUCUUACAGGCUACUUAUUUCUGUGAAUCUAAUUUAAUGCAAUUACCUCACAUCACAAAUACACUUGUAAAUCGUUAUAAUCAUCGCCAUCCUAAGAACAAGAUGAAUACAGUACAACAAUUAUAUGCUAUGUCUGAGAAUGAGCGUAAAGAAUUUUUGAAGCCUCUUUCUAAUAAUGAUGAAUAUCUUGAUGUUAUGGAAGUUGUUCAUCGUAUUCCUCAAUUGAGUGUUAAAAAGGCUGCUUUUAAAGUAAUUGGUGAUAAAAUCAUUACUACAGGUGCCAUCAUUACUUUUAUUUUGAAACUGAAGAAUGGUCAGGUGAGUGAAGUUGAAGUAGAGAAUAAAGAAAAAGAAACGGAUGUAGUAGUCAAAGAAGAAGAAGAUGAAGAAGAUGAAGAAGAUGAAGAAGAUGAAGCUAUUAUCCUUUCCCCUGAAGAAGAAGAAAAGAAGAAGAAGAAGAAAGAUAAAAAGGUACUUCCUUUAGCUCAUACACCUUACUAUCCUGGUGAAAAGAAGCCUUGUUGGUGGAUCUUCUUGGGUGAUCCCAAAGUAAAUCGAAUCUUAGUUCCUCAUAAAAAGGUGACUGACAUCGUUGAUGAAGAGACAAUCAAGAUCGCCUUCCCUGGUCCUCCUAAGCCUGGUGUCUAUACAUUCUCUCUUUUUGUUAAAUCAGAUACCUAUGUCGGUACAGAUAUUCUUCAAGAUAUUAAAUUAAACGUACAUGAUCCUUCUGAUCUUCCUGAAGAGGAAGAAGUGGAUGAUACUAUUUCUGAGCCUGAAGAAGAUUCUAUUGCUGGACAAAUGAAGUUGAUGAGAGAACAAGGUCUUGCUCAAGCUUUGGCUGGUGGUAGUAAAGAUAAGAAGAAGGAUGAUUCUGACUCUGACUCUGACUCUGACUCCGAUUCUUCUUCUUCUAAUGAGGAUGAAGAUGAAGAUGAUGAUGCUAACUAUGUUACUGAAUCUGAUGAAGAAUAAUAACAAUAAUAAUACUAAUAUGUAUAUGUAUACAUAUAUGCAUACAAAAAUCAAACUUCCAUUAUAUAAACAAAUAAAU